AUGUUGCGGCGUGUUCAGGACUACGUCUGUUUUCCUUUUUCUGUAGGAAAGUCCCAGCAGAGUUCCUCGUUGGCAGAGAACCAGCACAGCUACUCGUGGUACCAAAAUGCUUCUGAGAGUGAUAAGAAGCCCCUGGCGCAGACCACCACCCUGAAGACCGGGUCCAAUUUGGAGUCCACCUUCGACUCCUGGGAAGCCAUCAUGGGUCUCCGUCCGCCCUCACCCUGUCAGGAACAUCGCAACCCGGCGCCCACGCUCUCCUGGACUUCAGCGGGCAUCACUGGGGGCAGCUCUGACCUCGGGCAAACCCGGCCUGAGAAGCGCCCCUCUCCCCCGAGGCUCCAGAGCCCCAGUGAGAGCGAGGACUUCGGCGGCGACUCGGACUUCCUCAUGGAGACGAUGGACUACUCCCAGACGUCCUCGUCCUCGUCACUCGUAAGAAACUCUAACUGUCGGACGUACAGGAGGCCGAACAAACAGGGCUCUGGCAAAGCCUCGGACUCCAGCGGCUCUCCCGGCACUGUUUUUGGCACGGAUCUUUCCAAAUCCACAACUGACGGCAGUAGUAAGACGACGGGUGGUGGAGGAGGGCGGGGACGGGGCAGGACGAGGGACUACACGGUGCUGCUUCCCUCCUCCGUGUCGAUGUGCAACGUCACCAUCCAGCCCCGAGGAGUGGAGGAGUUUAGUACCGACGCGGCGCCCUCUAGCGGUAGCAGCAGUGCUGUGUCCGCCAGCGCGACGGAGACGGGAGAGGCGGCUUGGCAGCGGAAGAAGACGGAGCAACAAAACACAAGGUCCAAACCAACCCAGGCAAAGUCAAAGAAGGACAGUAAGGUGGACCUGUUUGGUUUCGAUGACGCAGACGGCCAUCAGGAGGAGACCGGCGGCGAGCACACGGACGGCCGAUCCAGUUACAAGAUCCAGUACUUUGGCUUUGACGACAUGAGCGACAGCGACGGCGCAGAUGACGACGACAACGACGACGACGGCGCUAAAGAGAGGAGGAGGGCCAAGAAAGCUGCGGCCGCCCAGAGGACCCCGGUAGUUACCGUGGAGGAAGCGCCGACGGAUGAACCGCCGGAUCCAUUCGAGACUCUGGAGAGGCUGGAGAGACUGGAGAGGCUGGAGAGACUGGAGAGGCUGGACAGACCGCCAGCUAAGGACAACAAGAAGAACGCUGAGAAGCAGGAAAGCAGGAUACAAGCAGACGUCCUGGACUUCUCCGAGGAUGGCCUCAGGGUGGUUGCCGCGGCUCCCAGGAGACCGUCUCAGGGCAAACCGACAGAGAAUAACCCAGACAACUUCCGGAGGAUCUUCAGCGCACACAAGAAGUCUCCCACCAAAGCCGUGUACAACGCCAGACACUGGACGUUGGGGCGUGAAGAAGAGCCCCCUCCGACCUUCAUCGCAAGGUCACAGACCGCUCCCGCGCCAGGCUCAGCCAGAGGAUCCAGUAAGGAGCCCACUGAUGCUCAUAAGGACGAUGGCGUUUUCAAGGCUCCUCCCCCUCCUCCCAAAGUCACCAAGUGUGUCACCCUCCCCACAGAUCUGUACCAGGACGCCGUCACCGCACUCAAAUGCCGAAAAGAGCACAAAGAGCUGUAUACAGUUGUGCAGCAUGUGAAGCACUUCAAUGACGUGGUGGAGUUUGGAGAGAACCAGGAGUUCACUGAUGACUUUGAGUAUCUGGCUACUGGUCUGAAGAGUGGACAACCUCUCAACACACGCUGCCUUAGUGUGAUAAGCCUAGCUACGCGCUGUGCCAUGCCCAGCUUCAGGAUGCACCUCAGGGCCAGAGGGAAGGUGGCUCAGGUCUUCAAAACGCUCAAUGACGCCCCGCAACACCCGAACCUGGCUCUGUGUACGGCGUCUCUGAUGUACAUCCUCAGCCGAGACCGGUUGAACAUGGAUCUGGACCGGUCAUGUCUGGACCUGAUGAUCCGGCUGCUGGAGCUGGACCAGGAUCAGGGGAGCCUGGCCGCGACAGGGACAGAAACCGACUCCACGGCUCAGUUCAGCGCCAGAGAAAUUGCCAAGAUGAAGGAGAAGAUCAGGAAGCUCUGCGACACCGUGCAUAACAAGCACCUGGACCUACAGAACAUAACGACGGGUCAUUUAGCCAUGGAGACGUUACUGUCUCUGACUUCAAAGCGAGCAGGAGACUGGUUCAAAGAGGAACUUCGGCUACUGGGAGGACUGGACCACAUCAUCGAUAAAGUGAAAGAGUGUGUUGAUAACCUAAACCAGGAGGACGAGAAGGAGAAGAUGGUGUCGUCUCUGUGGGGAGCGGAGAGGUGUUUGCGCGUGUUGGAGAGUGUGACGGUCCACAACCCAGAGAACCAGGGCUACUUGAUCGCCUACAAAGACUCGUCGCUUAUCAUCUCCUCUGCAAAGGCGCUGCGGAGGUGUGAGGAGAUGAUCCAGCGCUACAGCAGGGAGCUGAACUCAGACGGAGCUGUGGGGAAAGCCGUGGAGGACUGUAUGAGGGCCAUUAUAGGAGUCCUGCUUAACCUGACGCACGACAACGAGUGGGGCAGUACGAAGACAGGAGAGCAGGAGGAUUUAAUAAUGACGGCUCUGAACUGUGUUCUCAAAGUACCUCAGUAUCUUCCACAAGAGCAGAGGUUCGACAUCCGAGUACUGGGACUUGGCCUGCUGAUCAACCUGGUGGAGUACAGUGCCAGGAACAAGUACUGUCUGAUGGAGAUGGAGAUGGAGGGAGGUCAGGGUCCCUGCGACUCCACCGUCCUGCUGAACCCUCCGCUCCAGGACAUCCCCUGCACCGGCCCACUCAGCGCCAUCGCUGCACUUGUACAGCUGUUCCUCCAGCGGGAGCGGGCCGCCAUCCAGGCUGAGGCGCAGACUGAUGACCUCAUCAAGGAGGCUCCGAAGCCCGCGCUGGACAAGAGCGGCGAGUGGCAGGAGACGGGCGGCGAGAUCCAGUGGGUUACUAACGACAACAACGUAGAAAAACCCGAGGAUGAAAAGAAGAAGGAGGAGGAGGAGGACGGGGAGCUGGACCUCAACAAAGCUCUGCAGCAUGCAGGGAAGCACAUGGAGGACAGCAUCGUGGCCUCCUACACAGCACUGCUGCUGGGCUGCCUGUGUCAGGGGAGCACAUUGAAUGUGACUACUGUGAGAGACAACCUGCCGAAAGGAGAUUUCUCCAUCAUGACAGAAAUGCUGAAAAAGUUCCUCAACUUCAUGAACCUCACGGUGAGUCGCAGCUGUUCAGAAAACGUCAUCUUUGUCUGCAAUAAACUUAGUUAUAAACUGUUAAAUGACGUGAGAAAAAGAAAGAAUAGAGAGAUAAACGCAGGAUGUUGA